AUGGCCGAACGAGCAUCUUCUCAUCCAAUCGAGACCCCGGAGAACUCUCCUGGCGCAGGAGAUGAGAGCCAGACCCAAUCGGGCAGUCAAUCCAAGAACUCCGCGACCGCCAAGGACCGAAAGUGCCAGUACUGCAACCAGGCGUUCACCUCCUCGUCCCUCGGUCGACACCUGGACCAAUUCCUCUUCAAGAAAAAGCCCGAUGGCAUCCACGACGUCGAGGAGAUCCGGCGCAUUCGGAGCGGUAUCACCAGACGCCAGGCUCGCACUUCGACCGGGAAACGGGAUACUCCUGAGCGGGCCACCGGCAAGGGCUCGUCCGAUCAGCUUGGCGCCGGUGACCAGGGCGCGAAGCCGCGCGAUGGCGCGGUCAGGAUGAUGUUCAAUACGCCUACGUGGCAUGCGACCGGUGUCAUCAAUGAUAUUCCCAACCCGGGUCAACCGCACGAGGGGUCGCGGGUUGCUGCCGCGCAGCCCCGAACGGGGCCUAUCACUCUUCCCGACUACGCGAGUCGAGGCGCCAGCGCCAAGGAUCCGGAUACGAUGAGAGCGCUGGAGCUGGCUCUGCGGGAAGUCCUGGAUAAUAUCAAGGCUGCAACUACUCGAACGCGCCCUCGACUGUCACCCUUCGAAUUCGAUAUCCAGUCCGAGACCUUCCCUUCGCUUUGUCUUCAAAUGCUACCUCCACCUCCGAGUCUCUUCUCCACCAAUCCGUUCCCGUCUCCUUCGUCCUUCCCGCUGAAACCCCCGGGUGUGGAGCACUUUGAAAUCGUGCGACAGGCAAUCCGUGCGAAGAUUGACCAGUGGCAAUCCGACCAGCUAUCUGCAGAAUCCGCGCAAAACUCUCAACCCGGCCGGCCUGGACUUGGUCUGGACGCCAACAUGAUCAGCCGCAGCGCCCAGCAGCACGAGGAGAUGAGCAUCCGCCAUCUCGAGCUGGCCUUCAAGCACUGGGUCUCGCUUCCCCCAGAGACCCGACUGGAAGGCUGGCAUCUUGAAAUCACGCGCGCGUUUGCCCGCGAGGUCGAGAAGCGGAAAUCCCUAGACGACCAGCUGGCCCGCGUGCAGCAGGAAGCCAACCAGCUCCGCGCCCAGGUCGAGAAAUUGGGCUCCUGCCAAUGGCCGCGGGAGUUCGCCCUCUUCCCUCCGGAUACCUUACCGCUCCCACCCGCCAUUGCCCGCGAACUGGACGCCCGUGAGAGCCACAUCAGCCCCAACUCGCCGCGGUGGGACUACGACAGCGUCGUUGCCAAGUGGAAGCGCGUCGUCAUGCACGAUAAGGGCAUGGGCCGCGUCGGCGUCGGAUACGGGAACCCGCCCCUAGACGAUCCUCGCAGCGUGGACUCCAAACCCCGCGCCGCUGACGAAGCCACCCCAGCCCCAGCCCCGGUAUCCGCGUCUAUGUCUGCGCCGAACAACCUGUCACGCCCGCGCGCCUUGCAUCCUGCUCCCGCGCCCAGCCCGGAUCAAUCCUCCCCGCACACGGGUGGGCCCUCCGCCGCGUCCAGCCAGGACACCUCGCCAUAUCUACGGAGCCCGCAGACAGGCCCCCAGCCCAAACGGCCUCGUCUGAUGAACGGCAACAACGCGACCGAUGGGCCCCAGCAGCCGACCAGCGGCCCGAACACAUGGAACUCACACCAGUCCUUAGCGGUGUCGAGUCUGGCGAGUCAACCCGGGGCGAACCCGCCGCCGAGCUCUGGGGCGUGA